GUUCUUGUGGGAUAUAAGAAAACCUUGUACACCUCCAAGCAAGGAAGUUAUGGGAUAGAAACACAUCAAAGUCUGGCAGUUCUGAGAAGCGAGGAAGCUUAAAUUCAGAGCUUCCUUGCAUUACUGAAGAAAAUGAGAAUGCAGAUGAGGCAGCCGACACGUUACCAGAAGAUUUUUGCUUAGAACCGAUGAUUGGCUCUACUAAUAGGAAACCUCUCUCCUACAUUGAGGAAAACUUGAACCAACCUGCAUCAAUUUAUGAGGCUGAGAUACCUAUUGAGAGACCUAGUCUAGAUUCUAUAAAUAUGGAACUUAGCUGUAAUAAGAUCAAACCAAAGCUUCGAAAUCAGAAUAGAAGCAAAAGAAGAAAUACCAAUAAAGGGAAGGAGAAUAAUCGGAGUAUAUUGCUUGGAGCAAGCGGUGCUCAUAAAGCCAUUGAAUCACUUAAUAAUAAGUUGAGUAAGCCAAAGCUAUCUUCAAAAACAAGUUUGAGAAAACAAGGCCUGAGCUUAUCAGAGAGGGAGUCGAAGUGCAAUAACAUUGUCUCCAAUAUCACUUCAUUUGUUCCACUUGUGCAGCAAAAAAAGGCCCCUGCUGUCACCACAGGGAAAAGGGAUGUUAAGGUGAAAGCCCUGGAAACUGCUGAGGCUGCAAAGCGGCUUGCUGAGAAGAAAGAGAAGGAACGUAAGAUGAAAAAGGAAGCCUUGAAGCUGGAGCGUGAAAGGCAAGAGCAAGAAAAGUUGAAACAAUUGGAGAUGCAAAAGAAAAAGGAUGAGGAAAUACGGAAGAAAAAGGAAGGUGAAAUGGCAGAGAGGAAGAGACAGAGAGAGGAAGAAGAAAUUAAGGAGAAAGAAAGAAAAAGGAAGCGUCUUGAGGAAGCACAGAAGCAGCAACGAGAAUACAAGGAAAAGAAACAGCAACAAGAACGUAAGGAGAAGUUAUGUGUUGAUACAGAAGAGAAAGAACUGAAAUACAAAGAGAGAGAUGGAAAAACAUGUGGGAGGAAGGAAUCUAAAGAUGAUGAGCGGAAGCUUGAGAAAAUUGAACAAGAAACAAAAGAUGACAAUCUCUCGGAAAUGGCUGAGAUGGGGACAAAGACUACAGGGGUUUCAACAAGUGAUGCUGGAAAAAUAAACACUGUUAUUGAACACAGUGAGGAUUUAAGUUAUUGGGGUGAUAGUUCUAAGGUAGAAGUUUUAAUAGAUAUUCUAUUUAAUUUUAAAUUCAGAGCUCGUAAGAACUUUGCGGGAAGGUGGUCAUUCUUUUCCCGGAAUGUUAUGCGGUUCAAGUGCCUUGAUCCAUCUAAGUUUAAGCUGGAAUUAGAUGCUUUUCUAACCAUCCAUAACCUCUGUUUCUUGUGGGAUUAA